AUGACUGUGCCAGAGGAAAUGAAAAAAAUCCUUCUUCAUGAGUUAUUACUCAACAUCGAAAUCAAUUCCGAAGGUGAUGUACGAUAUGCCAACUCUGCUUUCUACAGAUUUAUAGGAAAAACAAUAAGUGAUCCCUUGCUACAACCGCCUUGUAACUUUUAUGAUUGUAUCACGAAAACGAGCGUUCCUAGAGUCCAACGCGCAAUUCAAAUGCUUUUUAAUGGAUCUACUAAAAUCACGCAUUUUCAAACUUCGCUUCUAUGCAGCACUAACAUGGCCCCUACUAUGUUUAUGAAUAGCAAAGAUUAUGAGAUAUCACCAGACCAGGAAAAAAUCGGAGUGAAGCUUGCUUUCCGAGGAAUCCUCGUGGAUGCUUUAGAAGGUAAAGAAUCUAGAAUCCUAUGGUCUGCCAAAUGCUUAUAUCCAGAACGUUAUCAUAUAAGUCAUAUGGACUUUGUUUUAUUCAACACCCUUGGCAUCGGCUCUUUUGUCUUACAGAAUUAUGUAGAAAGAGCCCAUAAAGUUAAAUAUAUGCACUCUCCUCCUCCUGUUUCUCACUUAUGUUACUUUUGUGAAAGAAGAAUCCCCGAUUGGUAUUAUGAAGUACAUACCGAUUCUUGUUUGGUAUGGAGCGAACUCGUCCAAAUUGUAUUGGAUAUACGGAAGCAAAUUCAAAUAAAGAAGGUAGAGCUGCUCAAGUACAGUCAGUUGCUUCCUCGUGCCACUAGUGUAAUUAGUGAGGAGACAUACUUAACGUUGCCAAUUAUUUCAGUUCUGCAGACAAAGUCUGGCAAAUAUAAACGUUUCCGUUUAAAAUCCUGGCAUUCCUGUAUUAAAUUCUUGGAUCGUCAACUGAUUGCAGCUGAGCAAACGUUUGAAGAACUGGGAAAAAGCACCUUUUUAGUCAUCUCUAAAGAGUUGGCUAUUGAAAUGAAAGAAAAAGUUAUGAAAAAGGCCCUUUUACUUUGGAAAUUUGACUUUUUGUCCCCCUGUAAAAUUCAAAGCUUUUUUCACGAAGUGCAUUCUUUGCUUACUUUGAGUCUCAAAUAUAAUCUUAAGCUUUGCAAUCAUAACAUGAUACACGGAAUAACUUUUCAAGAAGUGAAGCAUUUCCUGCUUAGUAUUGAUUAUGAAAUAUUUUCCGGUGAUACAAAGCUGAUUACAACGAUUCACAAUCAAUCACAUCGACAAGGCUAUAGAGACCCGAAUCUUUCUAAGGUUGACUUGAUUUUAUCAGAAUCACGGGUGAUACCUGACCAACUUCCUCAAUUCAAUACGAAUAAUAACCUAGUUCGUCCCAGUUACGGAAAAAAUGGAAGAUAUUACCAUUCUUUUGACGACAGUGACAAAUUGAAGGAGAUCAUCCUGAAAAACCUUAACAAAAAGCUAGCAAGCAAACCAAGGAAAAAUUCCUUGGACGAUCAAGAAACGCACUCAAUUCGCAAUUAUCAGGAGCUCGUUGAACAACUUUAUUUUCCCAUUAUAGACAACACGACUUCUGCUUUGCGUCUUCCUAAAUAUAAGGAUCUAAAGUUCGGAGACAAAACACCAAGAUCACUAAAAGAAUUCACCUUCGUAAAAGAAAUAAAUAGAGGCGCAUCUAGUAGGGUUUAUUUGGUAAAAAAAAAUUCCACUGGAAUUUACUAUGCACUGAAAGCCAUUCCGAAGUCAGGUCUGAAUGAUAUCGACAAGUUGAAAGGGCUUAUGUACGAAAAAGCUAAUAUGGAAAUCCAAAAGUACGGAUCAAGGAUUGUCAAAAUAUACUAUGCAUUUGAAUCGGAGGGAUUCUUUUGCUUGGUUAUGGAUUUCUUCAACGGUGGUGACUGUCAGACUUUGGUUGAAAAACUUGGAUCGCUACCAGAACAAUGGGUUCAGAAAUAUGUAGCCGAACUAUUGGAAGCUGUCGAAAUUCUUCAUAGAUUGGACAUUAUUCAUCGUGAUAUUAAGCCGGCGAAUAUGCUCAUAGACCACAAUGGGCAUAUUCGUUUGGCAGACCUUGGACUGAGUGAUAACAAGGACAGAAGAAUUGACGGAGAUACAUUUUAUCAAGAAAAGAUAAACCAACUAAAAGAGAUACCUCAUGAAGGAGCAAGAAAGCAACUAAUAGAAGUCCUUAACGAUCAAGCUAGAAAUGAAAUAGAUUUAACGAAGAGGAAGACAAAUGAAGAAGAAUUUGAUCCUUUUCAACGGCUGAUAGAUGUCGAUUUCGGUAAUUUAAACAGAGCCAUGUCACAGGUAUUUCGAGCACGUCUGAAAGUGAACUUCCCAGGAGAACUAAAAAGCGGAAAAAGCAUCAUUGGUACUCCUAAUUAUAUGGCGCCUGAAGUUCUUUCGGGAAUGGAAAGUCCAAUGAGCGACAUGUGGGCCAUAGGAUGUGUAUUAUUUGAAAUGCUGACUGGGAAAAUACCAUUUCAAUCAAAUACUAUCCAAGGUGUAUGGGACCGUAUCCAACGAAACGACGUCGGUUGGGCAAACGAUAGCGAUGAGCAGCAUUCAUCAGAAGCUAUAGAUCUUACAAAGAAGCUACUGGAAUCAAAUCCAGAAAGAAGAUUAAGUAUAAAUGGAUUUUCGGAAAUAAAGUGCCAUCCAUUCUUUAACGGCAUAGACUGGGAUCACUUAUAUGACGAAAAGGGGCCUUUUGUUCCAAAAACAGAUAACAUCGAAGAUUUAAUUUACUUCGAGCGAAGCAAUUCCACAUCGUUCAUCAAGGACCGAAUGACGACGAGAAGUCAUUAUCAAACUAACUUGAAUUCGAGUGACCUAGUGCGGAAUCAUAUUGAGCAACACCAUAUAAUUCGUGAUUCCUGUACAGGUUUAGAAUAUGACAGUCAAAAUACAUAUAAUGACAUAGUUGAGCUGGCUAUUCAAGCCUCUUCAGGAAUGAAUUUGAAAGCCCUUAACUUCUCCAACAAAAAUGUACUUUGGGAAAUAUCUGACGAGCUUCAAUUCCCCCAAAGUUCCUCCUAUUCCUUUUCCCAUCCUAAUCCCCAAAAUCCAAUUAAAAAACCUUUCAUGCAAUACCAGUUUUUUCAUCCAGAUUGA